AGAAAGUAUACUUUUGUGUUAAAUAUAUUCUAAAACCCGCAUUCGCUUUUCCACUUUUGUCGUGGGCAGUACAGAUAAAUAUAAAACAAUUUUUAAAAAAUUCUAGAAGUUUACAUUUUGAGCCAAGUUUGGUUGCUGCUCAGAAAUGUCGCCGCCAAAGAGGGAAACCGUUGAACCGACUCCCGUUGAGCACAAAUCUGCAAUGAGGGAAUCUUCGCCAAUGCAGAAUUUGGAGACGGACUCUAUUGGCGAUGGCCAACAUCUGUUGUCCAUGUGCCGCAAGCCGCGACUUGAUCUCAACUCGUUGACUGUGCGUCAAUAUCUGGAUCAGACUGUGGCGCCCAUUUUGCUGCACGCUCUGCAAGCGGUGGCAAAAGACAGACCCACGGAUCCCAUAACAUUUUUGGCCACAUAUUUGUUAAAGAAUCGCAAUCGUUGCUAUGAAGUCAAUGCCGAAGCUUCGUAGAAACUCUAGCCACGCCCCCUCAGAUGUUAUAGAUUUACUACUUAUUUUUUGCUGCACACUCAUUUACAUUUACAUAUUACACCCACACACUUACCAGAUGUAUGCAAUGCAGCAACAUUGUCUUGAAAAAGCUUUUCCUUUGGUUGGUCUACAAAAAACAAUGUUGUCAACACUUCAAUUUCAAUAAAUAUUAAUUUGCUGCUGGUA